AAAAGAAAAGAGAGGAAGAAGGAAAAAGGAGAAAAGGAGAGGAACAACAAGCUUCAAGCUCCCUUAACAAUUCUCGAAGUUUCAAGCCUCAGCCUCCUGCCAAGGGUAAGCUCCAAAUCCAUGUCAAGGAGGAAAAGUUUCAAGUGCAAGUCUUAAAUCCCUUGAAUGACAAGAACAAGCUUAAGCCCUUGCCCUUCAACCUCAACCUCUUGCCAAGGGUAAGCUCCAAAUCCAUGUCAAGGAGGAAAAGUUUCAAGUGCAAGUCUUAAAUCCCUUGAAGGACAAGAAAAAGCUUAAGCCCUUGCCCUUCUAAAAUUCAACUGUUAAUCAGAGGAUCAUGCUGCUCUAAGACGUGUUACUCUUCAAACCCCAAGCACGUGCACUGCAGCACUCCAAAUCAGAGAUUGUUUCCCAUUUUUCUUCAAGUUUAUAAUAAUUUGUAUUUAUUUUGCAAAUCAAUACAUAUUAUUUGAUUUUUCAAAUUUUUGUGACCACACAUCUUUGGCGACUCCACUGGGGAAAUCUCUGCCUCUCAUCUUUCAGUUGAAGAAAAAUUCCACCAUAUCUUUCUAGGUAUGGCGGACUCAAAGCAAGCUAUAACUCCUCUUACAACUCGAAAAGUUCAAAUCUUUUCCAAUCAAUCUUCCUUGCUGACUCGUGCCAAAGCGCGCAUGACGAGAUCCAAGUUGGUCUCCCCCUUGAGGCAAUUCACUAGAAGACGUCGUAAGGAGGCUGCAAUGAAAAAACAAUCAUUAGCCAUCCAGUCGCCUUUCCAGCCUGUGAAGGAUGUUGAGUACUUCUCUUCAGAAUCUAGUGAAGGUGAAGAACUAAGUCUCAAGCCCAGUCAUGGGUCUGCUUCGAAGUUAAGGUGGGCUGACAAUCCUUCAUCAUCGUUUGAGUCCCUCUUACCUGCCUUGGUUACUGAAGCGACAUCCGGUGACCCAGAUGCUCUCCUCAAGGCUAAUAACCAAGUAGCAUCAAGCUCAGUCACUAAAAAAGCCCUCGAAAACAAGGAAGACUCAUUAAGGACUUCAGAUCGAGGUAAGAAAGUCACUACGGAGGAAAGCUUGGAGCAACAAAAGCAAAGGCAACUAGAUCGAACAAUUCUCCAAGGUGCUUUCCGUGACCCUACUCAUGCUACUGUGGCAUCUCUUACAUUUCCACAACUUAAACUUUUAGUUGAUGAUGUGAUUCGAGCUCGGCAAGGAGGGAACUCACAAUCCUCACUUAUGUAUGCCAAGCCCUAUACUCGUAGGAUUGAUAAUCUAAGCCUACCAGACGGCUACCAGCCACCAAAAUUCCAAAAGUUCAAUGGGAAAGGCAACCCAAGGCAACACGUCGCCCAUUUUGUCGAAACAUGCAACAAUGUUGGCACCUAUGGAGACCUCAUGGUGAAACAGUUUGUCCAGUCCUUGGAGGACGCAGCCUUUGAAUGUACCAAGCGUACUGUUAGCCUGCCUGAGCUUGCUAACACCAAGCAAAAGAAAGAUGAGUCUGUGACAGCCUUCAUUGAAAGAUGGAGGUAUCUUGUCCUAAAUUGUCGAGAAAAGAUUAAAUUGGCCACUCGUGCCCAUGACCUAGAAAUUCAAAUUGCUAGGCAUGAUAACUUUCUUCCAACAGACACUUGUGAUAAAAAAGAGUCUCGAAAAGAUGUGAAGAAGGAAGUGAAACCUUUAAAAGCAAAAGAAACUAUGGCAGUCAUAACAGUGCCUGUGAAGAUCUCACGACAAAAGCCAAAGCCAAAUCCUAAACAAGCUCUUAAGUGCCCAGAGGAAGUUGGGAGAGUAAAUGAUCCAAAAUACUGUAAGUAUCAUCGAAUUGUGAGUCAUCCAAUCGGUUCCGCUGCCACCAAUGUUGCCAUGGUUUCCUUUGGAUCCUUUAGUCCAGUUCCACUCUUGCCUGUGCAACCAACCCCACUAAUGGUUCAGCUUAAGGAGUUUGCUCCCCAUCUGCCCAAGGGGGCAAUUCAAGUUAAAUUUCAAACAGAUGAUGAAGAAAAGAUAGCCUAUGCUUAUCCUAGCAUGCCUAUGUUUGGAGGUUCAAGCUCUCUUUCUUUAUAUGACCUUAUGACGGUGAAUCUUGAAGAUUGGGAAUCAUCAUCUGAGUCUGCAGAUGAGUUCAAUCACAAAGGAGGAGGCGUCAUUCAAGAACCACACUACCAUCCAUCCAACAAAAUUAUUCAUUUCUUUCAGCUUUGCCAGCUGCACCAAAAAAUCAAGAACAACGUCAGGGAUAUUUUUUCUGAUGAGGAAGUAUCUGUUAAUAUCACAAGUUUCAAGAUAGAAAACGAACCAUCAUUUAAAGAAGAAGCUGAGGGUUCCAAGAGCCAAUCAAAUGAUCCCGAAGUUGAUGGAAGUAUAGAGAAAUGGAAGCAACUUCCAUCUGAUUUACAAUUAUCCAAAGCCUUGCAGCUUUCAUGGGAUACAUGCCUUGCUCUUGUACAAGCUAUGCCUCUUUAUGUGAGUGGUAUUGUUCGAGACCACAAAGUGAAUCGAAUUUUGAUUGAUGAUGGAUCUGCUGUUAACAUAAUGCCAAUUUACAUCAUGAAGAAGAUUGAGAUAACUAUCGAUGAAUUGACUAGCAGUAAACUCCUAAUCCAAGGCUUUAACCAAAAGGGCCAACGUGCAAUUGGCAAGAUCCGCAUCAAUUUCCAAAUCGCAAAUAUGGCAACCUUAGCUUUGCUCCAUGUCAUAGAGGCUAAAACAUUAUAUGAGCUUCUUUUAAGACGAACAUGGGUUGAUGAAAAUGGGGUGAAAGAGCCUUUCACAAAAGAAGAGUCCCAUUUUGCUGAUGCCAAAUUUUAUGAAAAGGAAGAAGAUGGUUUUGAAGCUCUUCCUAUCAAGAUGCCACAAAUAAAGCAAAAGAAUGACGAAAAAAUCGUUGUUCACCCUAUAAAAGAUCCAUUUUCAAGUUUUGAAGUUCAUCUUUCAGUAGAGGAUGUGAAGGUGCUCAAGGAAGAUUUUGUGCUUCCAUUGUUUGCACUCUCUAAACUGGGCAUUUCUAAUCCAGUCAUAAAAGAAAUGGUUGAAACAACCAUAGAACAUGAAAAGCAACCUCAAAGAUGGUUUGAUCCUCGUGCUCAAAUGUUGCUAAAAAGGGCUGGCUUCAAAGAAGGAGAGUCUCAGCAACUUGGGGAUUUGAACUCUAUCCUCACAGGGACUCCACAACUACAAGUUUCAGCCCUGGAAAGGAUUCAACAAGAAAAUAUCCGAGUGUCAGUUUUUGAAAGACUAGGGCCUGCUCCUUCACUAUUGACAAUCCAAGAGAAUCAUUCUCAAAAGCCUUCAGUCUUUUCUAGACUUGGUGCUAAGCAGCAGAACAACAAGAAAGCAUCUAAGGGUCAGAAAAUUCAGAAAAACAAGAACAAGUCUCUACAAAGAAAGAAGUAUCAAUGGAGGCGUAAAGAUGUCCUUAAUGGGCAAGAGAUCUCAAAGCCUUCCGUUCAGGAGGUAAAGGCAGUUGAAUCAAACCAUGUCUCAAUUGAAAAAAUUUCUAACUUUGAUUCUUCAGAUGAAGAACCAAAUCCAGCCCUAGAAGCCUUUGAGGAGGGGGGACAAGCUAUUACUGACGAGCUAAAGCAACGGAACUUGGGUACAGAGGAUGAUCCAAGACCCAUUUUUCUUAGUGCAUCGUUGAGUUUGGAGGAAGAAGUAAGAUAUGUGCAACUACUUACUGAGUACAAGGAUGUGGUUGCAUGGUCUUACAAAGAGAUGCCAGGCUUAGACUCAAAAGUAGCUGUUCAUCGUCUAGCCGUGAAGCAUAGGGUAUGCCCAGUGAAGCAGUUGCAACGACAUUUUUGUCCAAACCUUAUCCCACAAAUUGAAGCUAAGGUUGAUAAGUUGAUUGAAGCCGGUUUCAUUCGGGAGGUCCAUUAUCCAUCCUGGAUUGCGAACAUUGUUCCAGUUCAUAAAAAGAAUAGACAACUCAGGGCAUGUGUAGAUUUUCGUGAUCUAAACCAAGCAUGGCCAAAAGAUGAUUUUCCGCUUCCGAUCAUAGAGCUUAUGGUGGAUGCAACCAUGGGGCAUGAAGUUUUGUCGCUUAUGGUGGAUGCAACCAUGUGGCAUGAAGUUUUGUCCUUUAUGGAUGGAUUCUCUAGUUACAACCAAAUUCGCAUGGAUCCUAAGGAUGAGGAGCUUACAACUUUUCGAACACCAAAGGAUGUUUGGAUGGAGAUGAAUCAAUUCCAAGUGGUUGAGGAGGCGCAUUCUAGAAUUUGUGGAGUUCAUCAGUUUGGUCCAAAGCUUCACUACCGAAUAAGAAGAAUGGGAUACUACUGGCUAACAAUGGUAAAGGAUUGCAUGGAAUAUGCAAAGAAAUGUGAAGCAUGUCACUUUCAUGCAACCUUUAUCCAUCAACCACUGGAGCCUUUACAUCCAACAAUAGCAUCAUGGCCCUUUCAUGCUUGGGGUUUAGAUGUGAUUGGACCCAUUACACCAAAAUCUUUAGCCGGGCAUGCAUAUAUCCUGGCAGCAACUGAUUACUUUUCCAAAUGGGUGGAAGCUGUACCUUUGAGACAAGUCAAGAAGGAAAAUGUUUUUGACUUUAUUCGAUUCAAGUUUGCCCAACAUUUUUCCUCUACGUACAAUGCUGCUGUGAAUGGACUAGCAGAAGCUUUUAAUAAAACCCUUUGCAAUAUCCUUAAGAAGAUUGUUCCAAAGUCCAAGCGGGAUUGGCAUGAAAGAAUUGGUGAAGCACUUUGGGCGUAUCGAACGACUCAUCGUACUCCAACAAAAGCAACUCCUUAUUCCCUUGUGUUUGGAGUUGAAGUUGUUCUCCCUUUGGAAUGCCAAAUUCCAUCUCUCAGGAUUGGCAUUCAAGAAGGUCUUACUGAUGAACAAAAUGCCAAGCUCUAUCUCCAAGAACUAGAAGCCUUAGAUGAGAAAAGACUGGAGACCCAACAACACUUAGAGUGUUAUCAAGCCAGAUUGUCUAGGGCAUUCAACAAGAAGGUCCAACUAAGGGCAUUUCAAGUUGGAAAUGUGAAGUUAGCUGUUCGAAGGCCAAUUAUCAUCACUCGUCAUUUAGGGGGCAAGUUUACUUCAAAAUGGGAUGGUCCUUAUAUCGUGACAAAAGUUUACAGUAAGGUUAAAACCCCUUUUUGGUCCCUGAACUAUUGUACGAACCUCGAUUUGGUCCUUGAACUAAAAAAAUCCCUGAUUUGGUCCCUACUGUUUACCAUUUUUACCCCGAUUUGGUCCUUCUGUCAAAUAUCAACCUACGUGUCCUGUUACUUGAUGGGAAACGAUGACAUGUAAAAACAUUUUGACACCUAUGAUGUACAGUGUGAUGAAAAAAUGAGAUGGCAAGAAAAAAAUCUUAAAAAAUUUCUUAUUCCUUUUUUUUUUUCUUCGUUUGUUUUUCCUUUUUCCCUUUCUUCUUCCUCUCCUUUCCUUUAACCUUUUGCAAACCCUUACUCCUAAUAUUAAAUUCGAGGAUAACCA